AUGGGAAAAGGAAAGCAAUUUUUGCUGUUAUUGUGGAAGAAUGUUGUCCUUCUCAAGAGAUCUCCAGUGCGAGCUUUCUUUCAAAUUUCAAUGCCACUUUUUUUUAUAAUAAUUCUUGUCGUUCUGAGAGCCUCUGUUGUUAAAGUGGAACCUAAGCCAAGCCGUAACUAUUCUGCAUUUGACAUUGUUGAAUUACCACCCACUGUCACUCAAACAAAACUGGCAUUUACUCCCAACACAAGUGAUGUGAGGCAGAUUAUGGAUUUGGUUGCAAAGCAACUUGUGCGUUUAUCUGUUGUUGGAUUCCAAAAUGAGAGAGAAAUGCAAACAUUUUUAGUAAAUGAGGAAGAGCAGAAUAAUGGCAAAGAAAAAAAGAAAAGAAAAAAUGUAUCCCUUGGUGGAAUUGUCUUCAAUAGGACUCUCUACUCCAGAAAUAUUAUUUAUAAGAUUCGCCUUAGUUCUAAAGCAAGGGGAAGUGGGGAACCAUCAUUUGGAGCAUCUCCUUCAACAUCCUGGCUCACUCAAUUAACAUUUCCAGUGUUCCAGAAGCCAGGACCUCGAACUGUAGAUAAUGGUUAUGGUGGCCCUCCACCUUAUUAUAGUGAAGGAUUUCUGUCUCUUCAACAUGCUGUGGAUUCUGCAAUUGUUAAGUACAUAGGAAACAUUUCAGCCCUGAACACAACAGUGUCGAUGAAACGAUUUCCCUAUCCUCAUUAUAUUCAUGAUGAAUUUGUGUUGGUUAUUCAAAACUCUCUACCCUUACUCCUGAUGUUGUCUCUUAUCUUCACUGCCCUAAACAUUGUACAGGAUAUUGUUUAUGAAAAGGAAAAGAAACUGAAGGUGAGGUGACCAAUACAUAUACAGCUUUUAUAACCCUUUACUCAGAAGUGAUUAACAUGUAACUUCUCCUGCCAAUGUCAAUUCAUUAUCCAGCAAACAGGUAAUGAGAAUACUCUAACUUAUCAGAUGGUUGUUAUCUUGAUUUAACACUAAAUUCUUGUUACUAGUUUAUAGAGAAAUGGUAGCAGCUAGGGGGUAGAAUUAGAAAUCAGACCUUGGCAGUAAAAAGGUUAACAUUUAAUUAAUUUUUUUUCUUACAAUUAUGAAUAGCUUUUACAAUACUCAACUCUGCAGGCUCGGUAUGGCACGUGUUUAUGGGUGAAUAUGAUAUACAAUUGCACAAUGUGUUCCUUUGUCUUAAAUGCUCUUACAGCCAGUAUUUUAACUCUCAAGAUUUCAUAUGCAAUUCUCCUCUUCUAUACAAUUCUUAGAUGUGAGUUUGGGGAAUUUGGCAUUGAAUCAACUAAUAAUCCCCAAAUUAAUAUUGACUAUUUGUUUGCUUGAUAUGGUAUUGAUAUGAUAAGAAGAAGUUUGGUCUUACUCUCUAAUGGGAGUUAAAGGGUGAACUCAUUUGUAAUUCAUUUUGUCAACAGGAAUCAAUGAAGAUGAUGGGUCUAAAUGGUUGGCUCCAUUGGUUGGCAUGGUUUACAAAGUACUUCAUAUUCCUUGUCAUCACCAUGGCCUUAGCAGCUGUUUUCUUCACUGUGAAGUUCAGUGAAAGGGGCCGCGUCCUGAAUCAAAGCUCACCCUCUGUCAUAUUUGUAUUCUUUCUUCUGUAUUCAAUAUCAUCCAUCAUGUUCUGUUUCUGCAUCAGUGUCUUCUUCUCCAAGGCAAAUAUUGCUGCGGCUGCAGGAGGGAUCCUCUGGUUCAUGAACUACAUUCCAUAUUUCUUUAUCCAACAAUCUUAUGAUACUAUGGGUCUGGGAAGUAAGCUGGCAAGCUGCCUCCUUUCUAAUGUUGCCAUGUCAUUGGGUGCUCAGUUGAUUGGGAAAUUUGAAGGGGAGGGAACUGGAGUUCAGUGGUCAAAUCUCAAUCGUGGGCCUUCCAUUGAUGAUGAUCUUACACUUGGUUAUGUCUUUUGGAUGUUUGCUGUGGACUCAGUUGUUUAUGGUUUGAUAGCUUGGUAUGUUGAGGCAGUAUUUCCUGGUGACUAUGGGGUUCCACAACCUUGGUACUUCCCUGUUUUGCCCAGUUACUGGUGUGGAAAAAGCAAAGAGGUUAGGACUAUCCCAUUCAUGUAUUCUCAAGAUUAUGAAGUCAACUUUGAGUUUGGCAGUUAUACCUACAGUAAAGUAAAAAAAGUAAAGCCUUUAUACGGGCUCAAGUGGCCCAUGGGGCCGGUGCUUAACUCCGGUUUUCUUAGCAUGAAGCGGCUAGGAGUAUUGCUACUCCCCCCUGGAUGGGAUGCUAGUCCAUUGCAGGAUUACCCCCAGCACAUUUGUUGUUACCCAUUUGUACACCUGGGUGAAGAGAAGCACUGUGAGAGUAAAGUGUCUUGCCUAAGAACACAACACAAUGACCCUGGCCAGGGCUCAAACCCGGACCACCCGAUCCGGAGUUGAGUGCACUAACCAUUAGGCCACCAUGCCUCCAUACCUACAGUACUUUUAAGUAAACAUUUACUUGAGACAUUGUCAUAAAAGUCAUGGUAGUGAAUGUAAGAAAGCUUUGUUUGAUAAUUUUUUUCUUUAUUUGUUGAGCCGUUUAUAAAAAAACCAUGAAGUCCUACUGUGCAACUACACAGUCAUUUUAAGAAACCACCACCUCGAAAUAUUAUUAUGUUUCCUGCAGUUAUUAUAUUCCCUUAGUUUGUUUCUUCCAAUUUGCCAUUGGCUGUAAAGCAUUUUGCACCUUUUCAACUCUCUGCAAGUUCUCUGUAAAUAUCUAACCACCAAUGGCUAUCAACUAUUCAAGAAGACCACAUAUGACCAUUUGUGACAUUUUGACUCUACUUGAAAAACAAGCACUGCUAGGUAAUCUCCCUCAUUCCCCACCAAUGCAAGUCUGUUCUAUUAUUAUCAUUUGACAUAUGUUACUAUAAGUUUUGCUUCUAACUCUGUUACAGGUGGAAGUAGGCAAUUUUCACAGUAUGCAAAAUGGCACCACACCUGCAGCGACUGCUUCUGAGUUUCUAGAAAAAGAUCCUGUUGGUUUGGAGCGAGGUGUUGAAAUACGAAACCUGAAGAAAGUUUUCUCCACAGAGAAAGGUGUGUAAAAGCUACAUUCAAAUGUACUUUUAAGCUGAGCACUUCAAUAAAUAAGAAACCUCCUUGCUUGAUGGUUUUCUACACUUUUUAAUUGCUUUGAAAAAUAGGGUAUAUCAGGGUCUUACAAUAGAAUUAUAUGCUCUGACCCUUGCAUUUUUAGUGUGAUUCAUACUUGGUUGAUUAAUUGUGUGUGUCCAUGUGUAGUUGUUCUGAUUAGUUAACCCUACCAUUUUGGUAACCUCUAUUCAGUUAUUGAUGUUUGUUACAGUACAAUUUUAUGGGUUCUUGAGGUGCUCAUGUAAGGAACAGUUGACUGAGAGUUGUAAUAAUUUACACAAACCUGUUACAAAUAGCUUUAUCCUUUUAACUGAAGAAUGCAUGGAAAAAUAUUCUAAGUAACUACUGAUUAACUGCUAGAUUCUCCUUGAAUUGUCUUGAAUUCCCUCGUGAAAUGCAUGGAGAAUUUAGUCGUAUAUCAGGAAUUGCUUCCCAGGUUAGGGCUUCAUACAUACAUUCUUUUGUUACAAAACUUCACCAAUUAUUGCAUUUUUUCUUUCAAAUCUGUAGGAAAGAAAACAGCAGUCAAUGGAGUGUCUCUGAACUUGUAUGAAGGGCAGAUUACUGUACUUUUGGGGCACAAUGGGGCUGGUAAAACAACACUGAUGUCCAUGCUGACUGGACUAUUUCCUGCCACUUCUGGCUCUGCACUUGUAAAUGGCUGUUCAAUCAGUGAUAAUAUUAGUGGUGUACGCAGCAGUCUAGGUGAGAUAUUGUACUGUAAAACUUAUUGGUUCUUUCAUUUUGAUUCUGAAGUGUACCUAAAGAAAAAAUAUGAAGCCAUUUGUUCAACAAGAAUAUGAUUUCCAUCUAGAAAAGUUUGAGGACAAGUAGGAGCUGUUUGAAAACUGUAUAUGUUUGAAAGAUGUUGCUCCUUCUCUGUUUAAUCAAGCCACUGCCACCAAAGUGGUAUGAAGUUCAUGGUCUAGGAUCUUUUAUAACUUAUCAGAAGGGUUUCUUUAGAACUUAUAGUAAAUAUACACCUGGCACAGGGAAACAUGGGUAAACUAGUCAUAGAAUGUGUUAGUUUUUGUGACUGGUUGGAAAGUUGGCAUUAGAUUUCUUAACCAAUGCAUAGUUAAAGCAAGAGUGAUGCUAAUCUUGGUUAAAAGAACCCUGUAACUUAACUUCUCCUCAGGUCUUUGUCCUCAGCAUGAUGUGUUGUUUGACCGUCUAACUGUUGAAGAGCAUCUAUGGUUCUUUGCCAAGCUAAAGACCCGCUCAUCCUGGCAGGUGAAAAAGGAGGUUGACAGAAUGAUAGAGUGCAUUGGUCUGUCAGACAAGAGACAAACACAGGCUCGUGCACUGUCUGGUGGCAUGAAAAGGAAACUCUCAGUAGGAAUAGCACUGAUUGGUGGCUCAAAGGUAAUAGUUACAGUCACCCUCAACCCUUUAACUCCCAGAUCAAAUUUGUGAUUCUCCUUACUGUCAACCAUACAAUUCUUAUAAAGUUAGUUCAGAGAAUUUAGUAUUGAAUCAACAAAUUAUCCUCAAAUUGAUACUUUUCUUUAUUCUCAUCACUUAUCUGGUUGACAUGGUAUUGAUAUUGGAAGGAGAAAUUCUGUCUUGGUCACUCAUGGAAGUUAAAGGGUUAAAGACUGGCUGACUUAAGAAUACAGGUUCGGUGUUAUUUUUCUUCAUUAUGCAGUCUGGAAAUUUGGAAAUUUUUACUUUUUUUUAGGUUGUGAUGUUAGAUGAACCAACAUCUGGUAUGGACCCAUCAGCACGUAGGUUCACAUGGGAUUUACUGCAGCAGCAUAAGGAAGGCAGGACUAUUCUUCUCACCACUCACUUUAUGGACGAAGCAGACAUUCUCGGUGAUAGGAUUGCCAUAAUGGCUGAGGGCAAUGUCAAAUGUUGUGGCUCUUCUCUGUUUCUUAAGAACAGAUAUGGAGUGGGCUAUCACAUGGUCAUUGUAAAGGAGCCCUCUUGCGACGUCUCUAAGGUUACUGCUAUGGUCACUAGUCACGUGCCUACAGCCACUGUGGAGAGUAAUAUUGGUGAGUUUGUAAACUUUUAUGCAUUGACUCCCAGAAGUGAUUAACAUGUAACUUCUCCCUAAACUAACCAUACAUUAUCCAGCAAAUGGGUAAUGGGAAUAAUCAAACUUAUCUGGUAGAAAUUGUUAUCUUGAUCAAACAACAAGUCAUCGUAACUAAGUUACAAGGAAAGGUGUCGUAGCGAGAAGGGAGAGUUAACAAGCAGAUCUUGGGAGUUUAAAGGUUAAGAUACUGCUGGUUAGUUUUCAUUUGAUUGGUCGUACUUCAAGAUCUCAUCCAAGAGCGAAAAAUUUCGAUAAAAUUUCACUUGAAUGCUCACACACUUCUGGCUUCAUCCUCAAAUAUCUUCUCAUUCAUCAAUGUUUUUUUUUUAGUUUUGAACGCCUUUUUAAACUCAUGAUCUUCUUUUCUCUUCAGGAGCCGAACUUUCUUUUAUUUUGCCAAGUGAAGCCACAGGCAACUUUGAGAAUCUCUUUCUGGAGUUAGAGACUCGCCGCAAAGAACUUGGAAUCGCCAGUUAUGGCGCCUCCGUUACAACCAUGGAGGAAGUUUUUCUCAAAGUUGGAGAGGAAAUGGACAGUAGUCUAAGCGAUAAACUUCAGCAGAAUAGCAAAGGUUGGAAAUCUUUCGAGGAUUAUCAUUACUUCAUAACAAAACAUUAAAAGUGUUUGACUAAUUUUUCGUUCCAGUUCCUAUUCACUUUUACAAUGACCUUACAAAAUUAUGAUGUCUUUUACUUGUCUGUUUGGUUUCUUUCUUGGAACUUUUGAAAAACCUCGUUCACUGUAAGGAAUUAGAGCCUGAAUAGUCACGAGAACAUAGCGCAUUACCAACCAAUCACGAGUGCCUAACAAGCUGCCUGGGGUUCAUUUUCCCGCGUUUGGCCAGUGUCACAUACUUAUCUUGGCUAAACUUCUGUCACGUAUUUAUUUCUCACUCUUUCUAGUCUCCCUCGCAACUGUUCUUCAGGAAGUCACGUGAUAUCUCUAAUAACGGUUGCGAAGGAGCUCACAUUUUCUUUGUAAAACGUUCUCUCAUAACCUUAACUUAGGAUUGGCUAGUUGCUCAAGUAAUUCAAUGAAAUUUGAAAUGCAACCAGUCUUGGUAUGAGGACUGUUUUACAGGGAUUUAAUUGCAUUCUUCUUCUUUGCCUUGGCUCUUUGUAAGUCUCCUCUGAUAUCGUAGGAAAGGUUGUGAUUAGUCAUCGUGGUGAGUACAUGAAGUACAUGAAGUAGAAUUGUUUUCCUCACGAUGAAUGAAUCCAAUCCUGACCUACCGACUGCAUACUGGGAGUCGUCUUCUGGCGACACGGUCGACUGGUUAGGCGUCACCUUAUAAACGGUUAUAAAUGAUUACACUUCGUGAACAAGUGUCUUUUGUAAUAAAGUCCUCAGAAUCAUUAUCCGUCAUCAUGUUUUUGUAUCUGUUACAAGGUUGCUUUCCUUUCUAGGAACACCGUCAGCCAACGGUAUGUCGGAUAGGGUAAAUAUACCUGUUCCAAGCGAGAAAUCCUCCGUUAUGGCACGUAUGGGUACGUUGGGAGCGUCCUCGGCCAGCUAUGGCACAUUUGGGGACUACAACAACUACAAUCACACUUCCGGUUUCCGGCUGUUUCGUCAGCGGUGGUAUGCAAUGUUUGUGAAACGUAUCUUGCACUCCAAGCGGCACAAGCUGGCUCUCAUAUCUCAGCUUCUACUUCCUCUGGUAUUUACGCUGUUUGCUCUGAUCAGUGCUAAGACCAUUCCUCAGCCUACUGAUUCUCCUCCGCUCACUCUGUCCACGCAGAACUUCUUGGACAACUAUGUUCCCUACGAGUGUGAUAACAGGUAAAUUCUUUUUUGGAACCUCUUUUAAUUAAUUGGACCAUUUUGAGCGUUGACUUUGGGACGUUAUAACAUGAAUUGCUUAGUUACGGAAUCCUUUAACUGCUAUUGGCUAAAACAACCACGACAAGCGGGAUUUUCCGCCAUGAAAUCAACAAUAAGUUCUAGAGCAAGUAGUUCUCUUGAGUUUCGUAGAGCCAUAACCAAAGUUAUCACAACGGCCAUUCAAACAAGAACUUGGGAAAACAUUACAAUGAGUCAAAAUAAUCUUAAAUUAAAUAAACAAGAAAACUGCUUGAGGCGCGAGAAAACGCAAGGGACCAAGGAAAGCACGUACUACGUAACAUUGCUUCAAACCAAGUGAGCCCCCGAUGCUCUAGCGGUUAAGGUUAGUGUUAGGAAUAUCGGGGGCUCACAUGGUUUAAAGCAAUGUUCCCUAGUGCUUUCCAGUGACAAAGUCACGACUGGUUUUGGUUUUGUAUCUUACUGUGUGAGAGGGUGGGGCGAUCAUAAGCUCUUGCUUUUUCGCGAUCUAUCAAAAAUGUGAAGGCAUAUCAAGUUGCUAAUUGGUUUGAUCUACUGGACAUUUUAUUUAGCACCUACAGCUUGGCGGAUAAGUACAAAACUCAGUGGUCUGAUGAGAGCAAGACACAUCUUGUGAAAGUCGAAGUCAAUAUGGGAAAGUACCUGUUGGAAAAACCGAGCGAAAUAGGAGUUGGCCCCUUCAACAAAAGAGACCUGAUUGCAGCCACCUUCCAGAAACAGAACAAUAAAGGUUAUUUUUUUUAACAGAAGUUUGAACAUGGCAGUUACGGAAAAAGGCACACGACAACAAUUUACUUUCUGCUAAACUCAAGUCAAAAUUCUUGUGAUAAGUUGAUUCCUCAAUAUUGCACUGCACAUCGGUCGGUCAAGGGGUUCGUGUUUAUAUAAUAAGGAGUUUUAGAUUUACGUUUGUGUCUGAAUACGUGUGACCGCAAACGUCUAGGAGUCCGUGACCAGACUCCAGCGGUCACGUUCGCCGUUUGCCGUCCACGUUUGAACUUCGGGCAGGGCAGUGUCAGGUAUUUCAACUCCAUCGACGCUGUUUUUCUUUUUGUUCGAAAAUAUGUCCUAUAAAUGUAAGUGAGGUGAAGUCUUUUCUUUAUAACCAAUCCGUUUUGGACGCUAGGAAACCAAUCUUUUAGCCACGUUUAGUGUUUGAGAUGAAGGACCUCCAUCCUUUGUUUAAAUCAAGAUGGCGGCGCCCAUGUUGAUUUUUUUCAAGGGAAAGCCGACGUCGAUCUAAAAAGCUGAAAGUCUCGAAAUUUAUAACUUCUAACCACAAACUGCUGAUCGCGGUUUAACGUUAGCGAUGAACACGCCAAACGUGGAUCUAAAACUCUCUAAUAUCUCUAUGAAGCUUACUUGAUUGCCUCUCUUCCUUCAGUAAAUGUCACAGCGUGGUUCAAUAACCAAGCAUACCAUUCCAUCGCGGUGUCUCUAGCAGCUGCCGACAACGCCAUCUUACGGGCUGCUCUGGGCAGUAACUACACACUAACGACCGUUAACCACCCGCUGCCAAGAACUGCUAAAGAAUCUGCAAAUGAUUUACAGCGGUAAGGAUUGAGGCAUUUUGUGAAGGAUGGUCAAACGUUUGGUAAAAUUGCCAAAAGUUACGUCAUAGAUUAAUAGUCCUGUUACCUGAAACUUUUGCUAUCUCAAAUUUCUAGGUUUUGGUAACAUGUGGUACUUUCCAGAUAGUUUUGUCAGUAGGUUCGAAGUAUAUAUAUGUAUUUUGGUUACUUUGUCACAAUUUUACCGGGAUCGGUUUCUCGAAGCAACUCCUGGGAGAAGAAACAUCAUUGCCAUAAUCGAAUUAGAGAAUACAGAAUUUUUUUUGUAUGUUAUAUUACGCUAUGAGACCUCCCUCUCUCUCCAAUCGAGGUUGUAAAUUGGUGUAAACUGAAACCUCCAACUCGUCUUAUUUAUUUUGGUUGUGGUGAAAGCUUUUGAUUCCAAUCGGUUUACAUCAACGUCUUUAUUUUAGCAAUGGCGUCGGGUUCAAUGUCGCGUUCAACAUUUUAUUUGGUAUGGCUUUCCUGGCUUCAAGUUUCGUCGUCUUUCUUGUCCAAGAACGUUCCAAUAAAGCGAAACACGUUCAGUUUGUCAGCGGUGUGGACCCAUUUAGCUACUGGGAUUCUGCGUAUACCUGGGACUUGAUUAACUUCCUCCUCCCAACGUUGUCUCUUCUGAUCCUCGUGGCUGCUUUUGACGUGCCGGCUUAUACAGGUUUGUUGUGAGCUUUAGUGAUUUGACGUAAGUUUUUAGAUGGGUUUACUAAUGCUUGAAGUGGACAAAUCAAAUUUUACUCACUUCAGUUUCCCGCUCUAAAUCAGUCAGGCUGACAGGCUGUCACAACCAAGUUGUCACGCACGAGUUACAAACAACCAUACAAGCUAAUACGUCUCAGUGUUUCAAAAACAUAAAACUCUUUCAGUAAAGCUAAAAACAGAAUGUUAAAUCAACAGGAUACUAUGUUUGAAUAAGAUUUGUAUUUCAAAGUUUCUAGUUCUCUUACUAUGAAAUUUAGAGCGGGAAAUUGACGCGCGGCCGUUCGGGAGACCUUCCGGCAUUGAUUCCCACACGCAUGCACGACGUUUGGUUGCUGUGUUGUACAGUACUUUACGGAUCCGAAAAUGAUGACGCCAGUGCUCAUAUUAGCGCAAGAAAAGAUGCCUACACUGCUUAAUACGAGAACUGAUAUUGCCAAUUUGCAACGCGCGAAAUUUGAGAUGUCACCAGUGUUUGGGGCUGGAAAAACUUGAGCCAGCUUUUGCCUUGGGCCAGAAAACUUGCCUGAGCUUCUCGGUUCAUCAAAAAAAGCAGCAAUCACGGCCAUGUAAUGAGAGAGAUUUUAAUUACUAAAACCCUUUUAAUUUGUCGCAUUCGAAGGUGCUCGUCUUGGCUAUCUUUUCAUUUUGCUGAUGUUGUAUGGCUGGGCGAUUAUACCUCUCAUGUAUCUCUUCUCGUUCUUGUAUCGAACUGCAUCAACUGCCUUUGUCGUUCUGACUGUCUUCAACAUCAUAACCGGACUGGCUACACUGUUGACCGUCUUUGUUUUAAGUAUACCAGGUAAAUUCCACUACGCCAGUUUUUGUUGCUUUUCUUUUUAUGUUGUAGUACGCGGCUUUUUUUCGUUAAAAGAGACAGACGAGCUCUGUUAUUUUCUGAGGACUUCUGGGGAACAUUCAGAGGAAGAUGCAGAUGUAUCUCCUCAGGAAAAGUGCUAGUAGUAUGAUUGUGCUCAGAUUGUGCCAAGAUAAUUUGCUCAAGAUUAGACCCAUUACCUCUUCGCUUUAUCAGAAAGAAGUUAAUAACAAAUUAUGUUUUCCAGAACUUGACCUUGAGGACGUGGCUGAUGGUCUCAAAUGGGCUUUCCUCGUCUUGCCGAACUACUGCCUCGGCCAAGGAAUUUCAGACAUUUUCAAUAACUACAAUACAUUGCGUCUUGUGGACCAGGAAUGUCAUUCCAAAGCAAAUUUUUUGCCCUUGGCAGACUGUGAAAAAAUGGUCAAAGAAUUUCUAGGCCCAAAGUUGAAGUUUCAAACGAAUUAUUUGGCCUGGGAUAAUCCUGGUAUAGGCCGAUACCUGGUAUUCUUGGCUUUGGAAGGAAUUGUUUUCUACUCUCUCGUGCUGUUGAUCGAGUAUGGUGCAUUUAGCGCUUGCGCGCGUUUUUUUAAGCGCUUGCGCGCCUUCUCCGCAAACGUGAUUGUAUCUCAGGACUCGCACUCGGCCGAUGAUGACGACGUUCUAGAGGAGAAGGAAAGAGUAAUGAGGUCUACGGACAAAGACGAUGUGCUCGUAAUCAGGGAGCUGAGCAAGGUUUUCUAUGGAAACGGCCGUAAGUUCUAUUUCAACCUUUUUUUUGCAAGAAAAAUAAUAUUUUGUAAAACGUAAUAUCGCUUUUAUUUCAUUGCCCCUCAGAAUUUAACGAAGCUAUCGAGUUUUUAGGGAACUCCUCAAGUGACAUCACCUUUUUUUUGAAAGACUUGUUAAGCGUUUUUGAACCGUAAGGUUGAAAUUUACCAAGUACCAGAUACUAGCGGAAGACUUCAUUUAUGAUAUUGUUAGGAUUCUAAGCUAGGUUAUUGACUUAGGAGACAAGACAUGUCUAACCUGUGAAUAAUGAGACACGUAGGCUUGUGGUUGAGUUUAGUUUUACGUCUGAUUGGUUGGAAGAGUUCUCUGUAACAAUCACAUGACGUGGUAAGCAAAACCAGUGCAAACCUGAAUAAGUUUCGACACUCAGUUAAGAAUUGCUCUCAGUCCAAGUGCAAAUUUCUAGAGACGCUCAAUCGGCAAUCAUACUCUUUAUGUUCUAGGUCGUUCUCCGUUGGUUGCUGUGGAUAGUUUAAGUCUUGGUGUCCCUAUGAAUGAGUGUUUUGGUCUCUUGGGAAUUAACGGAGCAGGGAAGACCACAACCUUCCGCAUGUUGACUGGUGACGAGACAAUGACAUCCGGGACAGCUCUGGUCGAAGGGUUUGACAUCAGGACCAACAUGAACAAGGUAAGAUGUCUUCAAUGGAAUGCUGUUGAUAUCUCUUUUGGGAGUCAACGAACCGAAGUUGGAGCUUGAGGGUGGCAGCCCUUUGAGGAGGGAUGAUGGCCAAUUCAUUUCAUCUUAUGUAACAGAAUUCCAUCGCGAAAAAUGUUUUGGCUACAUGCAGUUUGCAUUUGUGUUUUUUUAAAACACCAUAUAAACCUUUUUCUAGUCAUUACGAUUUGUACAGAAUUGUCAUUUGGCGGAAGAUGUAGCGACCCAGAGUGGUUAGAGCCCUAGAUUUGGGAUCUUAGGUCUUUUUCGAGGUUUUAUUGGUCCAUUGUGUUGUGUUCUUGCGUAAAAUACUUUACCCUCACCGUGCCUAACCUGCGAUGAAGUAACAUCUCACCCAUGAGGAGAGUAGUAAUACUUCUAGCCACUUCAAUCGGUAGAAACCGGGAUAAACUUCGGCUGAUUGAGCCGCUAGCGUUCACAUUUAACUCUUGAUACUUUGGUCAAUGACCACUUGCCCUCUGCGUUUUCAGGUUCGGCAGCGCAUUGGCUAUUGUCCCCAGUUUGACGCCUUAAUCGAUCAGAUGACCGGAAGAGAAAUUUUAUAUAUGUACGCGCGGCUUCGUGGCGUACCGGAAGUCAUAAUACCAGAUGUUGUGGAUACUCUCAUUCAAUCGUUACUGCUUCAGGAUCAUGCUGAUAAAGUAGCCGGUUCUUACAGGUUAGUCGUUUCUCCUGGGUGACAUCAACAAAGGAUGUAUGAUGUAAAGCCAUAUUCUUAAAGGUGAAGGCUGCCUACAAACGUCGGCAGCAAUCGUUUUGUACUCAAGCAAAGGUGUUGCACGACCAACAUAGCCUUUAAUUUACCGUGAUUUGAUUGGUGCAAGCAGCAUCCCCCAAUACCGGGAAGUGAUGAUGCGAGCAACAAAAAUUACUGAGGAGAAUGUGUUGCCUUUGUCAUGGCAUCUGCAAAUGGUUAGACGUUCCAUUCCACUCGGAUAAGGACGAUAAACCGAAGGCCCCGUCUCUUGUCUCUUGUCUGUACUGGUUAGCAGGGGAUGUUAAGAAACCACAUGUACUUUUCGCAAAGAGAGGGAACUUAGCUUCCGGUGUUGUGAUCUGGCCUUGAUUCCGAAAUAAGGGGCACCUACGAAAGUUUCCUUUAAAUAUCGUAAACUGCUCAAUGCAGUCUGGCCGAAAUCCCCCACAAAGUGUUGUAAAUUAACCCUUUAACUCCCACAAGUGACCAAGACAGAAUUUCUCCUUACAAUAUCAAUACAAUAUCAAGCAGACAGGUGAUGAGAAUAGAGAAGAAUAUCAAUCAUGGAAUUAUUAGUUGAUUCAAUACCAAAUUCUCUGAACUAACAUCAUAAGAAUUGUAUGGCAGAUAGUAAGGAGAAUUACUAAUUAGAUCUAGGGAGUGAAAGGGUUAACUCAGAAUACCCUACAAGGAGGAGAGUUGAUAAAACUGUUAUACUGCAAACAUGAAAACAAACUUCACACCCUAAUGCCGGGAUAUGAUGGGUACAGUGAAUUUUCCAUCGGUUGAUUAAUGUGUCAUAACUUUCUCUUUCUAGUGGUGGAAACAAACGCAAGCUGAGUACAGCCAUAUCACUGGUAGGGGACCCUCCAGUGGUAUUUCUGGAUGAGCCCACGACUGGAAUGGACCCAGUGGCUAGGAGACUAUUAUGGGAUGCACUGUCACGUGUACGGGCGGAUGGACGAUGUAUCGUGAUCACGUCACACAGGUAGGUCUCUCUAUGAGUUCCUAAUACCAUCGUGAUAUUAAACUCUCGUCUACCCGUUUGUAAGUUUUACUGCUCUAGUAUGCCUCAGUUUUGAGUGGUGAUGAAUGAAGCUUUUAUUCAACAAAUUAUUACUCUUGCUUGUACGAUGAUUUUGCUCUUCCCAGUAUUGGGGAAGAACAACCAAAUCAGUUGGAUACCACUCCGAUUCUUUUUUUUUUUAAAGUGUUAUAGAUCCUUUUCUCCCUACGCCCACCUGAGCCUCGUCCCCAGGGUCUCCCUUCUUUCCGUCCCCUGGACCCUGAGAAUGAGAUUUCGAACCCGCUCCUUCUCUGGGAGGGAACGUCACGAAUGUAACAUAACUUUCUCACAGCUUUCAAACGUCCUUCUCCGAGCUCAAAACUUACCAUUUCUCUCAUUCUACUAAAAAAACAUGACGCUAUCGACAUUGCUGAUCCUAGAAGUAUGCAGGACGCGUGUCAUAUAUGAACUUCAUAUUCGGCCUUGCUCACCUUACAGUCUCUGUGGCUCAGUUACAGAGCAUCGGAGCACGGAAUCCGAAGGUCGAGGCUCGGUUCUUCAUGGGCACUCUUUUUCUUUGUCCAACGCGCGUGACAAGACGAAAAACAUCUUUAUCUAUUUUCUUUACCAUUUAUAACAAUUUUUUCUUGCUUUCAGUAUGGAAGAAUGCGAAGCUCUUUGUACCCGACUCGCCAUUAUGGUUAAUGGACGUUUCAAAUGCCUCGGAAGUCCGCAGCACCUCAAAACCAAGUUUGGUGAGGGAUACACUGUGUUGGCAAGAGUGGGCAGCGAUACACCGGAUACCGGACCGCUGAAACAAUUUAUUGAAGGUACAUUCCCUGGCAGCGUGUUGAAGGACGAGCACCAAGGCAUGGUCCACUAUCACAUCCGUGACACCAGCGUAUCGUGGGCUCAGCUGUUUGGAACAAUUGAGCGGGUCAAGAUGAACUACAAUAUUGAGGACUACUCUGUUAGUCAGACCACAUUGGAGCAAGUAUUUUUGAACUUUGCGCGAGGUCAGAGAGCAGAAGACGAGUAAACGAUUCUUAAAUGAAAAGAGAUAGAUAUUGAUAACAAAAAUUUUAAAAUUCUUACAUUUUAGAAAAUUUUGAUUGCUUUAUUAUUCUAUUAUUUUAUUUCAAUUUAGUACCACACGGAAGAAAAAUAUUUUAUUACGGUUUGAAGAGAAUUUAUUAGGAGAUAUCUUUACAGAGUAGUAGGCGCUCUGGGAAAUGGUUGACGUCGUCGAGUUACCCGCAGCAGUGUACUUGAGCAAAAAGACGUGCCCCGCCCUGCACCCUUCCUACACCCUUCCUGACAACGCGCGCUUUUAUUUAUUUAUUCACUUGAUACGAAAGCAAAGUUGUGAAAACAAAGUUGAUGCAUUUUGUCGAGGUUUAUCGUUUCCGUGAGAAGUAAAAAGUUGUCACUACGAUAUUUUUAGAAACAACGACGAUAACACUAUCUCAUUGCACUAACUGAGGUUACUUAAUUUUAAGUCUUAAUUUUGGGUUGAAAAUACGACAUUAAGAAGUGCUCAGGUCAUUUUGACCCUCGCGUGGAAAACGGUACAGCUUGAGCUGUCGUCAGUCCAAAGAGAAUUUUGCUGGAAUCGCGCCGUCGCAACAUCAAGAUAUUGUAACUUGGAUUCAGAUUACUUUGUGAUCAGAAGAGAGGUUGACUUCAUUUUUCUUUAGCUUCAAGAAAAAUAACGUUAUCAAUUCUUCUGCUCGCGAAGUGUAAAACGAAAGUUUUUAGGGUUGAUAUUCCCUUAGCAUUUUGUAGAAGGUGCACGUGUGAAAUACCUUUUAAUCAUCAGUAUCUUUAGCCAUCUUUUUAUCUUCUUGGUUAAUUUUUAUCAGUAUGAGGUUAUUCUCAGUUAUCAAACUGCAGUUUUCUUAAAGUUGAAGGCAAUUUUGCCGACUCGUUUCCAGUCUUCCGUUUUUGAUAUUUAGAGAUAGAAAGACAGGGAACUAGUCAAAAUUAUUCAGUACGUCGGAAAUCCCAGCAACGGCGUUCGCAGGAACAGCAGUCAUGGAAUAUGGACAGGGAGGUUCAUUCUCGUAAUUUUUCCUUUCUCAAGGAUUUCAUAACAAUUGAAUUUAAAGCUGUAGGCGAAAAGUAGUAUAAAGCAAUUAGACGUUUCUAUCAGGAAGUUUAGAUGUACAGGGUUUAGAUAAUACGGAAAAAUGUUUGGAAAUUGUAGUACUUACAUACGAUGAAUAAUUAUUGGUGCAUCCUUAUAUAUAGUUCACUUAGUGAAAUCAACUGAGACAAAUCAUAGGGUUUGUCCGGACUAAAUUUAUAUCAUUUUUUUUUUCGAAAUUUAUAGAUAAAACACUUUCUUGUGUCAUAAGAAUAAUAAUGAUAAUAUAUUUUUUUUUAAUUUUGAAAAGUAAG